AUGGCUCAAUUACAUGCCAUAUCGUCAUGUUCGUAUGCCAGUCGAUUUUUCCAUGGUUCGAAAAGUGAUUCAGCUGGAAUUAGCCACAUUCUGUGCCCGAGAAAAGUAACUCCACAAAAUGAGCUAGGGGUGAAAGCUAGUGAAUUUCAUGGCCCUGCUGUUGUCCAGAAAGCUGCCAACUUUUGCGUUAACCGUGGCAAUCAUGCUAUCCAAGCAGUUUUAGCUAGUGAUGAGAAGGCAUCAACCUCCAGUGGCGUGGAUGGAAAAGUUCUGCGUAAAAAGUUAAACAAAGUGGUUCUGGCCUACAGUGGUGGUUUAGAUACCUCUGUAAUUGUACCUUGGCUAAGGGAGAACUAUGGGUGCGAGGUUGUUUGCUUCACUGCAGAUGUUGGUCAAGGCUUACAAGAAUUGGAAGGUUUGGAACAAAAGGCCAAGGCUAGUGGGGCAUGUCAACUAGUUGUGAAGGAUUUGAAAGAGGAAUUUGUGAAAGAUUUUAUCUUUCCUUGCUUAAGAGCUGGUGCUAUCUACGAGAGGAAGUACUUACUUGGGACUUCAAUGGCUCGUCCAGUUAUUGCGAAGGCAAUGGUUGAUGUUGCCAAAGAGGUUGGAGCUGAUGCUGUUUCACAUGGUUGCACGGGGAAAGGAAAUGAUCAAGUCCGAUUUGAGCUCACAUUCUUUGCUCUAAAUCCAGAUCUCAGUGUGGUUGCUCCUUGGAGGGAAUGGGAAAUAACUGGAAGAGAAGAUGCCAUUGAGUAUGCUAAAAAGCAUAAUGUGCCUGUACCUGUGACCAAGAAAUCUAUUUAUAGCCGGGAUAGGAAUCUGUGGCAUCUCAGUCACGAGGGGGAUAUCUUGGAGGACCCAGCAAACGAGCCAAAGGAGGACAUGUACAUGAUGAGCGUUGACCCGAAAGAAGCACCCGACCAACCUGAGUACUUGAAAAUCGGCAUAGUCGAGGGCAUUCCUGUCUCGAUAAACGGGAAAGAACUCUCACCCGCAACCCUACUCUCGGAACUCAACGAAUUAGGCGGGAAGCACGGGAUCGGGCGCAUAGACAUGGUCGAAAAUCGGCUCGUUGGCGUCAAGAGCCGUGGGGUCUAUGAAACUCCAGGCGGGACAAUCCUCUUUGCGGCGGCUCGUGAGCUUGAGUCUCUCACGCUCGAUCGUGAGACUAUGCAGGUAAAGGACUCUCUUGCCUUAAAGUACGCUGAGUUGGUUUACGCGGGUCGGUGGUUCGACCCGCUCCACGAGUCGAUGGAUGCUUUCAUGAAGGAAAUCACGAAGACCACGACUGGAUCGGUGACCCUUAAGCUCUAUAAGGGGUCAGUAAGUGUGACGGGCCGGGAAAGCCCGUAUAGCCUUUAUAGGGAGGAUAUUUCUUCGUUUGAGACUGGGGAGAUUUACGAUCAAGCUGAUGCGGCUGGUUUUAUACGGCUUUACGGGCUGCCUAUGAGGGUUCGAGCCAUGCUUGAGAAAGGGAUCUGA